AUGAAGGUUCUUACGCCAGUGAAGAUCCUGCUCUUUCUCUGUUUUCUCCUCGGAAUGCUAAACGCAACAAUGAUCAGACCGGCCGCUGAAAGCGCCAUCUACCGUCUCGCUAGCCUGGGAGGGGGCAUACUAGCUGGGCACACCAUCAGUCAUAAGCCAGAAGGUAGUGCUCGCGAUAAGCCCCAGCCCCAUGCAUGGACUCUUCGAUCGGGCGUGUAUACCCCGCGUGAAUUAGUCGAGGGUUUCGCCCCUCUUCUAGAUACGGUCGUCUACCGUCUGGGCGAGGAUGCCCCGAACACCAGACCGGCCCGGGCAUUGCUCCUCGACAAUGUUGCCCAUAACCUGGCCACCAACGCUCGCGAAUCUACCUUGCCCUUCCAAAAGGAUGUGCCGGACCACUCGCGCAGGGAGAUAAAGGAGCAGGCCGAGAAAAUCGGCAAGGCCCUCGUCCAAUGGGCCCGCGAAGCCGUGAAUGGCCCCUUCGAUCCCAACCUCGACAUCCGCAGUCCAUGCGAGAAUCAUCUACUGAUUCCGGUGAAUGUCGACCUCAUGUUUGGGCGUCGCAGUCAGCCACACCUGAUGCAACUGUUCAAUGAGUACAUGCACCAGAUGGUGCUGCUUCGUGACGCUCUUCUUCCCUUCAGGAACUUCGAGGACGUGCUGGUCCCCGUAGACGGCAAGGCUGCUCGGGGCAUUCGUCACCUGGAGCCCAGUCGUGCCCAAUUCCUGACGGGCCUCUUCACCAAGAGCGUAACUCAGGCUUCGGUGUUGGCGUACGCGAAGGCGCUUCUGGCACCAGAUUUGCCCCGGACCCAAACCGGCGGUUAUGGCUUCCAAUACGAGUAUGGCUCCAUUCUACCCGCCGUCCUAAGCGGCGGGGAAACCCCAUACCACUUGCUGGAGUACGUCCCAGCCAAGAUUGAUCCAUCUCAGAAGAACAUCCUGUUCGACUACGAGUUCUCAGACUACUACACCGCACCCCGGCCUGAGAUCCCCGCUGGCGCCAAGGUGCAGGGUGAAGAGCUGCUAAAGUUCCGCUCCGAAUCCGCAUCUGUCGGAGUGCAGAGCGCUAGUCUUGGCCUCGUGCCUUCGGCCGAGUCCAAUCCCGUCCGUCAAGUAGAGCUUCGCCUUGAGCUAAGCAACGGCAAGUGCGUUGGUGUUGAUGUCGGUCAGAUUGCCCGUGGACACCGCUACGCAUAUCAGGCGCUCACAGGCAAUGAUGUGAACCUCGAAGAUAAACCUGCUAUCGUCCACUCGGCCUUGGACAUUCUCCUGCACCCUGAGAGUGGACUCAUCACCGCUAAACAGGGCGGUGUUCAUGUCAUCCCGGCCGAGGCGCCCAUCAUUGCACUCGCACUUCUAGGGAAGCUCUACCCAGAGAACGUGGUGCUCCUGCCGGAGGAUGGUCACCUCAGCCAGACUGAGAAGGCUGGUAAGGGUUUCGAACCUAAAUUUAUCAUCUGGGGCGGCGUAAAAUCUGGUGGCUACAAAGGACGUUUCUGA